AUGUCACGUCUAGGCCCAGAGCCGCGCAUCAAUUCUAAGUUCCUCACACAACACCGUGGUGAAACGAUUCGUCUCACAGCGAAAGUGGUAAAACUCUCUGGUGAUACAGCUACAGUAGAGACAUCCGAUGGCGCUGCCCUCGGUGUUCACCUUUCACGAGACAUGCACAUUGGCGACGGUUACGUAGAGAUCAUCGGUAUGGUGAAAGAUGAUUUGAGUAUCAAGGCUCAUACGUAUAUCGAAUUAGGUAGUAACCUUGAUAUGAAAGCGGUUAAUGCUGUAGUUGAGUUUGCUCAUUCUCCCAAAGGCCAAGGCGUUUUCCUUUGA